AUGCAGCGAUUUUUGGGUCGCGGUCACUUGGCCCUUCUCACGAUCAUCACCCCACUCUUAGGGUCCCUACUAGGCGUCAACCACUAUCAGCUGGCCCACUCCACAAACUGUAACCACCUGGCGAAGUCAAUUGACCACCCACUCUCGGCAAUACAGGCUGCCCAAGCAUGA